CAAGUCAGCAGUAUUACUGUCCGGAUACAAUGACCCUUUCAGCAAAAGAAAAAUUUAUAUCUUGGUACUUAGAUCAUCAGAAUGAUCAAUUCGAUUUUCAAAAAGAAAUGUUAGAAUACUGCCGUUCGGAUGUAGACAUAUUGCGCCGUUGUUGCCUGAUAUUUAGAGAAGAGUUUUUGAAAAUUGCUGAUGUAGAUCCGUUCCAGUACGUAACUAUUGCAUCUGCUUGCAUGGCUGCGUAUAGGAACAGUCACAUAAAAGACGACACAAUCGCAAUGGUGCCUGCUCACGGUUACAGAUGUGGAAAGAAUUACAGCCCUGAUGCGAUUCGUUGGCUGGAUUAUAUAUCUUCUUGUGAAGGUAUAGAAAUCCAGCAUUCGCUAAAUAAGAAUGGCGAAAGAAAAAUCGGAGGUGUUUUUGUAGAUGGAUAUUGUGAAGAGACAAAAACAGUAUAUCAAUACCAGGGCUGUUUCUUCCAUGGAUGUGGAGUUUGCUAUGAUGGGGAUUCCAGACAUCCUUUAAAAGGCAUCACUAUGUCUUCCGUGCGGCAAAAGACGGCAGAAAUCUGCGCAAAAAUCCAAGCUCUUGGAUACACUGUAGUUGAAAUGUGGGAGCAUGAGUUUUUGAGGAGAAAGAAAGAAGACCCGAAUCUCCAAUCUUUCCUAACUACCCAUACAUUGCAGGAUCGUUUGAACCCCAGAGAUUCAUUUUUUGGGGGACGAACAAAUGCGAUAAAACUUCACCACGAGGGAAAUAUAAAAUAUGUGGAUUUCACAUCACUCUAUCCAUGGGUCAACAAAUAUUGUUUGUAUCCAGUUGGACACCCUCAAAUUAUAACGGAAAACUUUGGAGAGAUCGAGGACUAUUUUGGUAUUAUCCGCUGCAGGGUAAUACCACCAUUUGGUUUGUUUCUCCCUGUUCUGCCCUAUAGAUGCCAAAAUAAACUCAUGUUUCCCUUGUGCCGAACUUGCGUCGAAAUUAAACAGCAAGAAAAGUGCACUCAUACAGAGAAUGAGAGAGCAUUUAUUGGAACCUGGGUCAGUGAAGAAUUAAAAUUAGCAAAGAAGAAGGGAUAUCGCAUUACUGAUAUGUAUGAGGUAUAUCAUUUCCCCAGAUCAUCCAACUCUCUUUUCAGAACAUAUAUAGAUACUUUUCUGAAAAUAAAACAAGAGAGUAGUGGAUGGCCCAGUAAUUGCACUACCGAGGAACGAAAGAUAGCUUACGUUCAGGAGUAUAAACAAAAAGAAGGGAUAAAGCUGGAUCCUCAAAAUAUUGAAAAAAAUCCAGGGCGAAGACAGGUUGCAAAACUUGCUUUAAAUAGUUUCUGGGGCAGAUGGGGAAUGAAUACUGCACGAAUGCAAUUGAAUUACGUUCACACAUUGUCUGAAUUUAAUAAGUUACUUGCUGACCCUUCCAAAAAUAUUAAAGACGUAUAUCUUCCAACACCGGAAGUAGCCGCUAUUCAGUGGGAAUUCAGGAAGGAAUUUGUGUCUCAAGAUGCUUCAACAAAUGUAUUCCUCGCUUCCUUCACCACAGCUUGGGCACGCAUCAAGCUGUAUGAUGAAAUGGAGAAGUUGGGAAAGAGUGUUCUGUAUCACGAUACAGAUUCGAUCAUUUAUGCAAGCGAUGGCACGAACGAUCCUCCCCUGGGAAACUUUCUUGGAGAGUUCACGGAUGAACUGGAUGGUGACACUAUAACAACUUUUGUUUCUGGUGGACCAAAAAAUUAUGCCUUCAAAACAAAAAGUGGAGAAACAUGCUGCAAAGUUAGAGGCUUCACUUUAAAUUCCAAGAAUGUUAAAAAAUUAAAUUUUGAAGCCAUGGAGGCAUUGAUACAAAAUAUGGAUCUCGAAACAACAAUUCCUCUUGAAACCCCAAAUAAAAUCACCAGAGAUGCCAAAAGAAGAAAAGUUAUUAAUAAAAAAGAAAUAAAGACAUACAGGAUGGUGUAUGAUAAGAGAAUUAUACAAAAAGACUAUUCCACACUUCCAUAUGGGUAUUAA